AUGGAAAUUUUUAGGAGCUCGCCAUCAUUUUCACUGAUUUUGGCCUGCAAGGCUGCAAUCGGAACUGAUUUCAGAUUGUCGUUUGACCAUCUGGACCCAUGCAGAAAGAACCUGUCUUUAGACCACGAUAUGGAGCCUCGGCUAUGGUCUCCUAAUGUCUGCGUCGUCAACUCGAAGCUGACAAAGAGACUGUCACGAUCUCAGACAUACACCGCUGGCCUUUGGCACCGUCUUGGUGUGACGAUUGAUUUUGAAAGACUCUACGGCUUCUACAUUCUGCAGAUGUACCUGCCAACAUAUGUCUCGGUGUUCAUUUCAUGGAUUGCGUUCUGGAUGGACACUCGCGCAUUACCCGCCAGAAUCACUUUGUCGGUUUCGUCGCUAAUGGCCCUAACCUUCCAGUUCGGAAACAUCGUCAGGUCUCUACCUAAGGCUUCAUACGUGAAAGCAAUCGAUGUCUUCUUUUCGUUAAUUGAGUUGGCGAUAGUCGCUUACAAUGACAAAAUUGAUGACCAGCGGUUGAGAGGUGCUGCUGGAUUGUCCAUAUCCUCGGCAAAUGGCAACUCUUCAGCAAUACGAAGGCAAUCAUCACAACAAACUAUUAUAAAGAGACUCCAUUUCAGGAGCAUUGCUGAAAUCAGCCUGCGACGGACAAAAGGCAGCGAACUAGGAGCUGCGAUAGACAAAGCGGCUAGCAUAGCUUUUCCCAUCGUAGGCAUUUGGUAUGUUCAACAUGGCCUAUUGGAUAUACUACAUGUCAAUGAGUUCUCGAAGGAACAGUGUGUCAAAUGA